CUCUUGUCUACGAGGAACACUAAAAUAUUGUUUGCUUAUUUAAAAUGUUGGAUGCUCACAACACCAACACAUUAAAUGACAUUCAGUUCUACAAACAUGUUACAGACUUGAAGAAGAAGGAGAUCAUGCUAACUUUUGACAUGCUGGACUGGAAUUCAACUGGAGAGAUUGGCUUUGAUGAAUUUUACAUGCUGGUCUGUGUUCUGCUCUGUACUGAGCACCACACAGAAAAGCAUUUUCUUUCCCAGCACUCGAGGACAGUCUUUGAGCUGAUGGACAGGGAUGGUGAUGGAGCCAUCAGCCUCUCAGAGUUCCAAGAUUCUGGCUUCCUCUUUAAUCUCGAGAGCUACUCCCUUAAGACGGCUUUACAUGAGUUAGAUUUUUCUGAACAUACAGAAGAAACUCUACUACAAGGAUUUAAAGGUUUUUGUCAUGGCUUGCAUUGACUUGCAAAAGGACACCAGAAAGCCCAGAGGACUGGCUGAACGGAUAAAAGGGUUUUGGAAGAGCUGGAGAAGUACAUAAGCAGGAAUAUCUACAUCCUAGUGACAUCAAGAAAGCGGAGCUAACACUAGAGCCAUAUACUGUACACUUAUGAAACAAUGGCUGUUCAGUGCUUACACUUCUAAUCUAAAGAGAAUUUCUGUCACACUUACUGCUAACAGCUAUAUAAAAUCAAUUAA